AUGGAGCCUCCAAAUCUCCAUCAACACCAAGAACAGUUCACUGGUUACUUCUCUUCUUUGCUCUCCCUCCCUCCCCCAGAUCAUAACAAACCAGCAGCACCUACUUUAACCUCCACCAAUACUACCAGUAGCCACUUCCUCAGCUCACAGAACCUCAUGUUGAGUGGUAAUAACAUGAGUUACCACAACUAUCAUAAUAACCAUCAUCACCAGCUAGCUGAAUCAUCAUCAACUGAUGGCUACUCAUGGCCACCACCACCACCACCUCACAGAUCUUCCAUGAAUGUCGAACUAGAAAGCUUCGUGGCCAACGAUUUUUUGUUCUCCAAGAUCAAAGAUGAAAUGCCUGCAGCCGAAACCUUCCACAAUAAUAGCAACUAUUUGACUACUACUACUUCUCUCUUCUCAUCAGCAGAUCACCAUCAUCAGUUCUACCCUACUAGCCAUCAGCAUCACGAUGCAAACAACAUAGAAGAUUCAAGCUGUUGUAGCAGAUCUUCGUACAGCCAUGUCAUGCCGAGUAUAAACGUGCUGACCUCGGAUAAUCUGUGCUCUUCUCUGGUGUCAAGCUCUCUAGACUUGAACUUAAGAUCCGCCGCGGAUCAUCAUCAUCAUCAUCAUCGUCAUCAUCUGAACCUUACUUCAUCGUCAUAUGAUGGUAUUGCUGCUGGUAGCUCCGGACUUAAUACUACUGUCUCAAGAAACAGCAGCAUCAGUCACCAUUUCAUUGGAGAUAGUCCAACACACAGUUCUUCAAAUAAUAAUAAUAAUAGUAAAAAGACAUCAGGUGGUAGUGAAGACAUAUCACUUGGGAGGAAGAGUACUACUAAGAGGUCCAUUAGUACCUUUUCUGGGUCGAACUCAUCACCAUCGAAGAAAGAUAAUCCCACAGAUGACAAUAAGAAGCAACGGUCAACCUCAAGACACUCUUGCCCUCCAUUGAAGGUGAGGAAGGAGAAACUCGGAGACAGAAUUGCUGCCCUUCAGAGGUUGGUGGCACCUUACGGCAAGACAGACACUGCCUCAGUAUUGACCGAAGCUAUUGGGUACAUACAAUUCCUCCAUGACCAAGUUCAGACACUGAGUGUGCCUUACAUGAGGUCCUCACCAAACAACAAGCCGAAUAGGUCAAUGAUCAUGGUUAGGAAUUCAAGUGAGGAAGAUCGUCUUCAACAUGGGAAGGGGGAAUCAGCAGAUCUCACAAGUAGAGGUCUCUGCCUUGUGUCCCAGUCUUUUGCUUCGUAUUUAAACGGCUACAAUAAUGUUGGCAUCUGA